AUGCCUCGGUCCCCGAGGAGCCCCGGGGACUACGGAGCCUUCACCCAAGACCAGGCCCACGGCACCAGGGAUGCCCGGCCCAGGAGGAUCGCACAACGGAACCGGAACACCUGCAGGCUGCUGGAGGAGCCUUUGCCAGACACAGAUCCUGGCACCUUCCUGUUGCCGGCCCACGUCAUAGCUCCAGGCCUGACACAAUGCAUGCUGGGAUUUGUGUCCUGGUUCACCUGCCUGGCCUGCUUCCUGAGGACAAGAGCCUACCGAGUGCUAUUCAACUCCUGCAGGCCCAGGCUGCUCUUCCAGAAGCUCAUGGAGAAGAUAGGCCUCCUGGCGCUCUGCGUGAUAGGAUUCUGGGUGUUGUCUAUUCACUUACCAUCAAAAAUGCACUUCUGUCAGGAUCCGGAUGAAAAUAAUCCACUGCAAAACUUGAGGUUUUACCAGGAGAAGGUGCAGCACCACACGGGGGAGAUCCAAGACCUUCGAGGUAGCAUGAAGCAGCUGAUUGCCAGACUCCAGGAUAUGGAAGCUCUGUCAGAUGAGCAGCGAAUGGCCCAGAAAAUCAUGAAGAUGAUACAUGGAGAUUACAUUGAAAAGCCGGACUUUGCGCUGAAGUCUAUAGGGGCCACCAUCGACUUUGAUCACACGUCAGCCACGUACAACCACGACAAGGCUCGCUCCUACUGGAACUGGAUCCGACUGUGGAACUAUGCACAGCCCCCGGACGUGAUCCUUGAGCCUAACGUGACUCCUGGCAACUGCUGGGCCUUCGAGGGUGACCGCGGCCAGGUGACCAUUCGACUGCCCCAGAAGAUCUACCUGUCCAACCUCACACUGCAGCAUAUCCCCAAGACCAUCUCGCUGUCAGGCAGCCUGGACACUGCCCCCAAGGACUUCGUCGUCUACGGCAUGGAGGGCACUCCCAGGGAGGAGGUGUUCCUGGGUGCGUUCCAGUUCCAGCCGGAAAACACCAUUCAGAUGUUCUCGCUUCAGAACCAGCCUGCCCGGCCCUUUGGUGCAGUCAAGGUAAAGAUCUCUAGCAACUGGGGCAAUCUACGUUUCACUUGCCUGUACCGCGUGCGUGUCCACGGCUUUGUGGCCCCGCCCGGCAACCAGCCUAGCUAG